AAUGAAAUGUUAGUUGAAGCAAUAUAGUGUUGGGAUUAAUUUACUGUUCACAAUGUAGAGGAAUUAGAUCAUUAUUAAUAAAAAGGGAUUUGAUAUAUUAUAUUUCAUUAGGUUAAAUUUUAGUUAAGAUGAAGAGUUAUAAGAAAGCUAUUUAGUAAUUUCGUUUGUCAGAAGAUGAUGAUAGAGUAGAGAUUUUGAAAAGGA